CAGAUGUCCCCAUCCCAAAACCGACCCCAUAGUGGUUGUAUUUAUUCUAUCAAAGAAGCUGGCUUUUCCCCCAGCGGGUCACUCGCUGCCUGGGCUGUGACCCUCUGUGCUCUGACGGCUCUGGCACCUCGGCAGCAGGUCCCCAAAGCAGAGAUGGAGCCUCUGUGGCAGUGGUCAGUGCCAGUUCCCAAAUGCUUCAGCUGGAUGUGGUUGGGGGAACCGGUGGGUAACAAAUACUCUGAUUAUUUUUCCCUCUCUAUGCAGAAACCAGAGUGUUUGACUCGAUAGCUGUUAUGUUAAUUGUUAAUGUUUUUCUCCUCUUCAAACAUAUUACAUGACUGCUUGUUUCCCUGCUCUGAUGAGUGUUUUUCCUCUCUUACACAGCUCCUGGUUGCUGUUAGUUUAUUUUGUUGAACAGAGAUCAUUGUGAAGCCUCUUUCCCAAGGCUUUCAUGCAAAGCCUUUGCAGUCAGUGACAGCCCCACAACCUUUUAUCACUCGUGCUGCAGACAGGCUGUGUGUGCAGAGGGAGCUGUGCUGGAGCUGUCGUGUUCCCAGUCUCUCACUUGAGAGCUUCAGGCUGGUGGGUUUGGAGCGAGAAGCUCCAUGAAUCCAAGUUUUUCCCAGCCUCCGCGUGUGCUUGGGGACCGGCUGGGAGGAGAGAUAGGAGGUGGCUCUGCUUAUUUUUAUGUUUUAAAUUCUUUUUUGCUUUCCCUAGAGAAUAGGGCAGAAAUACUUUUCUCAUAUGUAAAAGCAAGACUCUAUAUGGAGGCUCUGCUUUCUCCUGCGAGCGCUGAUGGAGGGAGGAAGCUUUGGACGAUGGGAAGAGCCCUUCCCAGAUGUGAGGGGUCCGUAGGUCACAUACACGGAGGGCAGGACACUCGCUCCCUUCCAGGGUUGGUGUUCCUGUGCGGUGUUGUGUCCGUGUCUUCUUCCAGAGUUCAGGUGCUGGAGUUUUACCUGUGAGGAGGUUGUAGCAAGGUGGGGUUGGUCUCUUCUCCCAAGGAACAAGGGAUGGGACAAGAGGAAACAGCCUCAAGCUGCACCAGGGGAGGUUUAGAUGGAGAUGAGGAACAAUUCCUUCCCCAAAGGGUGCUCAGGCAUCAAAACCCAUGUAGACAAGCCCUCAAUGACUUAGUUUAAUGGUGCCCUUGAUGAUCUUAAAGGUCUUUUCCAACCUGGUUGACUCUAUGAUUUUCCAUGUCGGUCCCUUUCCCCUUAUUCUAGCUUAAUCCUUCCUGAAAAUGGUUUUUCUCAGGAGCAGAGUGCUCCAGACACACGAGGUUAAUUUGAGUCAUUAGCUUGUUUCCAUUACUCCUUUCUGCCUAGGAAACCUAAUUUUACUAUUUUCUUAGCGAGAUUUUGGAGUUAGAAGAAAGAACUGGGAGCGGACACAAUGAGGCGAGUGGUACGACAGAGCAAAUUCCGGCACGUGUUUGGCCAAGCGGUGAAAAACGAUCAGUGUUACGACGACAUCCGCGUGUCCCGUGUCACUUGGGAUAGCUCCUUUUGUGCAGUAAACCCCCGAUUCGUUGCAAUAAUAGUAGAUGCUAGCGGCGGCGGAGCCUUCCUGGUGCUGCCUUUGCACAAGACAGGCAGAAUUGACAAGUCCUACCCCACAGUGUGUGGCCACACGGGACCGGUGCUGGACAUCGACUGGUGUCCUCAUAAUGACCAGGUUAUCGCCAGCGGCUCCGAGGACUGCACUGUCAUGGUGUGGCAGAUUCCCGAGAACGGGCUCACCCUGUCCCUGACAGAGCCAGUGGUGGUGUUAGAAGGUCAUUCCAAGCGAGUCGGCAUUGUGGCUUGGCACCCGACGGCACGCAACGUGCUGCUCAGCGCAGGUUGUGAUAAUGCAAUCAUCAUCUGGAAUGUGGGAACAGGUGAAGCCCUCAUAAACUUGGAUGACAUGCAUGUGGAUAUGAUUUACAACGUGAGCUGGAAUCGCAACGGCAGCCUCAUCUGUACAGCUUCCAAAGACAAAAAAGUUCGAGUUAUUGACCCCAGGAAACAAGAAAUUAUUGCUGAGAAGGAGAAAACCCACGAGGGAGCCCGGCCCAUGCGAGCCAUUUUCCUGGCUGAUGGAAACAUCUUCACAACUGGCUUCAGCCGCAUGAGCGAACGGCAGCUUGCCCUUUGGAAUCCAAAAAACAUGGAGGAGCCAAUAGCCCUUCAUGAGAUGGACACGAGCAAUGGGGUCCUGCUGCCGUUCUACGAUCCAGAUACCAACAUUAUUUACCUGUGUGGCAAGGGUGACAGCAGCAUUCGCUACUUUGAGAUCACGGACGAAUCCCCCUACGUUCACUACCUCAACACCUUCAGCAGCAAAGAGCCGCAGAGGGGCAUGGGGUUCAUGCCAAAGAGGGGCCUUGAUGUGAACAAGUGUGAGAUUGCCAGGUUCUUCAAGCUUCACGAGAGGAAAUGUGAGCCCAUCAUCAUGACAGUUCCUCGAAAGUCCGACCUCUUCCAGGAUGACCUGUACCCUGAUACAGCUGGCCCAGAGGCAGCUCUGGAAGCAGAGGAGUGGUUUGAGGGGAAGAAUGCCGAUCCCCUUCUCAUCUCCUUGAAGCAUGGGUACAUUCCAGGCAAGAACAGGGAUCUCAAGGUGGUCAAGAAGAACAUACUGGACAACAAGCCUGCCGCAAACAAGAAAAGUGAUCUCAUAAAUGCUCCAAAGAAAGCAGCUGAUGCCUCAAACACUCAAAACGAAGCCAAAUUGGAUGAGAUUUUGAAAGAGCUGAAAUCCAUAAAAGACACGAUCACCAACCAGGACGAGCGCAUUUCCAAGCUGGAGCAGCAGAUGGCAAAGAUCGCGGACUGAGCGGGGCGCCAGCCCAGGCACAUUCCAGUUCCCAGUUGAGCAAGCAGCAGCCUGCAGCAUUCCAGUACGAGCUUUCCUGUUCUCCUCAGUUCACGUCAAUGAGAGCGAUGAUUUCAAGCCAAGCUUUUUAGUGAAAGAUCUUUUUUUUUCCCCCCUGAUGUUUUAAUGAAUUUCUGUGACUGUGUCCAACGAGUCCAAACGAAUAAGUGCUACUUUUACAGGGUUUUAUUUUGCCCCUUCCAGAUGUUAUGAAUUCUUGACAACAAAUCCAUUCUGACUCUCAAUGUUGUGCCCAAAUAUCUUUUUCUAGAUGUAGGGACCAAUGCCACAUUGUUCUUAACCAUUUUUUUAAAGUUGCCAAAAAAAAAAAGAGGAAAAAAAAAGAAAAAAAAAAAGAAGUUGCUUUUUAUUUUUCUGAUUUGCCACUUGUGCAGUAUUUGUGUUUUCAAUUUCCAGGGACAGCACGGCCUCUGUGUGUGUGUGUGUGUGUGCUGGGUGUUUAUACUGUUCAGAGAACAAAACUGAAGCUAUUUUGUAUAAACCUUGGAUUUUGAACAAUCAGAUUGGUUUCCUUUGCAGUGUGGCCAAGGCUGCUGCUGGGACCCCGCAGAGACCAUCCAGGCUGCCUCUCCUGCCUCCCUGCCGUGUCCCCAUCGCCACUGCCCCACAGCUUAAAUCAAAAGUCAUUCUGAAUGAGGUGAUUCACCCCCAAAACACCUCUUCUUUUACACAACUUAUAAACUAGCAUCAUGUUGCCCUUUUAAAACAGCCCCGUGUUUGGGAUUCCUCCAGCCAUGUGCAAAGGGGCAGGUUGGUUCUUACUUCGAGGCAGAAGUUCCUUUCAUGCAGGAGAUGUUUUUAUCCGUGGAGUAGAGCUUCAGGUGAGCCAUGGGGGUCUCCAGGUUCUCCGUGGUGUCUGUUCCAGCCACGUGUUGCUGUAAAUACUUGUUUCUGCACCACCAAAACUCCUUGGCUUUAAGAAGCUUUUGAAUUCCACGAGCUUGCAAUUCCCUGGCCUCUCACUCCGUGCUGAUGUUAGAAACUGAGACUCUGCUUCCAAAGCAGCAUUAGCAGCAACCAAGUGACUUUAUCACGAUGGGGCUCCAGAAACAAAAUGCAUCCGUUAUUUUUUUUAUGGAUCUUUUUUUUCCUCUCCAUCAUCCCUGCCUCAGCAUCCCACCGUGCUGGAGAUCCAUCCCUGGCAGUGUUCAAGGCCAGGUUGGACACGGGGGCUUGGAGCAACCUGCUCUAGUGGAAGGUGUCCCUGCCCGUGGCAGGGGGUUGGAACUGGAGGAGCUUUAAGGUCCCUUCCAACCAGUCAGUGAUUCUAUGAAACCAUUUGCUCUGGAUGAGAUGAGCAUCCCCAGGCCCUGCACUCCCAGGUCAGUGGAGUGUCGGGGACUGGGGAGGGUGGUUUUGAUCCCAGUGGGAGAGCUGGUUUCUCACAUGGUCCUUUGGGAUCCUUGAGGGAGACACCCCAUGAGCACACUGGGCUCGUGAGCUCCUCAUGGAUUCCUUGGAGGCCUCAGCCCAGCAAACCUCUCCUCCUUGCUGCAAGGGGCUGCCUGGUCAGGGACAGGUCCCUGCUCACAGGCUGUCCCUGUGGUGUGAUGGGGAUCCCUGCACCCCAGAAAGCUGCACCAGGCUGGAUCCAUGCUGCCUGGGCAGCAGUGGCAGCCCAGGUCUCAUUCAAAGGAGGGCAAAGGCUAUGGGGUGUCCGAGAGCUGCCGGCUGAGGAGCCUCAGUGCCUGCCCCAGCCAGGGAUCGAUCCCUGAAGCAGCUCCCUGCAUCCCUGACCUGUGUGCACGGGGUGUGCUUGGAACCACCACAGCAGAGCAGCAUCUCCCUGCCCAGGGCAUCCCUGGUGGCUGCCACUCGGCAGGGGGACAUAUCCCUUCCUCCAGGCUGAAGUGAUAGCUUUGAUUUUCCAUUAGGUUAGCUAGAAAUCUUCAAAUUCCUCAUUUCCCCCGAAGUUUGCGUGGUCAGAAGUUGCAGGUUGAGGAUUCUGUGUUCUGGAGGGAUGGCUGCGUGUGUGAGAGGGUGAAACCACGCCAUGGGGAUGGCCAAGCGACGUAGCUGCAGAGGGAUGUGCGGAUGUGUUCUGCUUGCACAGCAUGGAGGCUUCAUCCACGUGGGUUUUGUGUUGUAAGUGGCAAGGACAGGAGAGGAGUAUCCAUGACCACUGCUGCUGGAUUCUCAAUCCAGCCGCUCCGGGUUACUUGACUGUUUGGUGCUGGUUUUGUAUCGCAGUAAAUGGCUGAGAUGAUGUGUAUUUUUUAGUUUUAUUUCAAUUCUUCCUUUGGAAAACAAACGCAGCCGUGACGCUCCCCCGCUGCUGAGCUCUGUGUCCAUUUGUACGUGUCACUCCAGGGUUGUGCGCUUGGGGAUGCUUUGGGGGUUAGAAUUGGAAGGAAAUAAGUGUUUGGAGCCGCUGGAUGGAAGUGCCCCGAGGAGGCCGGUGUGAGGGAGAUGGUCCGAGGAGGGCAGAGGAGUUACUUGCUAAGCCUGUGUUUUAGUUCAUGGACCUGAUGCCUACCCAGGCUCAACCGGAGUCAGUGCCUGAAGCUUUUUGUAGCCGUGAUAUCCCAGAAGAGAACCAGCGAAGUCCUGAAAGAUGCGCUCUUAUAGAGCGGCCAUAGUAUCUGUCCAAAUAUUUGCUUCCAUUUUCAAAAGAUAAAGGUCAUUGAUUAUAAACUUC